AUGUCGAAAAAUUCAUCAACUUCGGAUCCCAAGCGUCCUAGUAACAUUGUUCCAUAUCAUCUUCCAAGGAAAGAUGUGGACGAAGUUGACUUAGAUUUCUUCGGGGUUGUGUCGCUCUUGUUUAGUACAGUUGGCCUCAUAAUAAAG